AUGUACGCAAUGCUUUUAGCUGGGUCGUUAUUAAAUGGGCAUUUGUCGGGGUGUUGUUUGUCGUUUGAGGCGAGCGGUAACCACCGUACGAUUGGCGGGGUCAUAAAGGACCCCGUUAUUGGGCAAGCUGCAGCCUUUCACGCGGCGACAGCGCCCCACUUGCUCCCGGCGUUGAAGGCCGAAAAACGUGAGCGGGCGAGUGUCGGGCCUCGGAGCUGCGGGCCGCGGGCAGUCGGGGACGGCGGCACACGGCGGCGGGCGGCCAGUCGGCGGAUGCGAGGCGCUGCGUUCGGUCGGACGCGCGCGCGGCGCUCCAACAUGUCUCGAAUGUACCGGUUGAUCACGCUCAUACUCAUGGGCCUGAGUGCCAGUUCCCAGGAGAACGUGAACGCGUGUGUAGAUGAGAGAUACUGCGACUGUUACAAUUCCGAACACCCGAGUUGGAACAUCGUCAACUGCACCCUGCCCCUAACAGUGAAACUGUUCAUCAGAUACGAUUACUUGUCAGAAAGGACUACGAGAAUCAUCAUCCAUGGCGGUGCCGCUGUGUACUUUGAGAAAAAUUCCCUAUCACGACUAAAUGCUUUAAAAUCAAUCGAAGUUCGUGAUACGCAAGCGAUAUCUUUGCAUUCGUCAGCCAGCUUCCGCCAGAACCUGUCAAAUCUCAGCCUUGAUAUCGACGGAUGCAACUUGUUAGAACUGGAGCCCAAAGCUUUCGCAUACAUCAAUGGGCCGCUCUCGGUGUCCGUCAAAAAUUGCAAGGUGGUCACCUUCGGUACUCAGGCUUUCUCAUGGCUACUAGAUCUCUAUGUUGAAAAUGUGACCAAAUUGACACUCUAUCCGAAUACGUUCGCACUGGACCCGACAGCAGACAAUAUUGGUGACCAUGGUCCAGGCAUGACGAUCGAAUUCAUGGAUGUUAUUCUACCUGAAAUACCUGCGCAGGCAUUCGCUGCUUCAACUGCGCUAAUUAGAAUGGAAGCAGUGAGAAUCGAAAUCAUUCGUCUGGGGGCGUUCACCGCCAACACAUGCAACGUGAUGUAUGUAAUAAACUGCUUGGUGAAAAACAUUGAAAAGCAAGCAUUUGCACCGUACUCUUUGAUAAACAGCCUUAAUGUUCAUCAGAGCGUAAUCGAACGUAUCUCAUCGAACGCCGUUCAAUCGGCAAUAGGAACUCUAAGCUUAUCAAACAAUCGAUUUCAUAUCAUCGAAACAGGAGCGAUUAAUGGGACAGUAGCCAGUUUAACACUCGAGAAAAACGUUUUCAAGAUUUUUAAUGAGAAAGGAUUCGUAUUGUCAUCUUGUAACAAAUAUUAUAUAGAUCGAAACGUAUUUGACGAGCUACCUCCGUAUGCCAUCACAGCACCGGGCUCAACCCCACAAGAACUCACUUUUAUAAGCAACGAGAUCGAAACGUUGUCAGUGCAUGAAUAUUCUGAGCGCCACCGUUUAAAUGAGCCACGAGCACUUGACAUGAUACAAGAGAUCGCACUUCCUAAUAUCUACACAGAGGAGAUGGUACGAACAGACGAAAAGAACACACAAACGAUGCCCGAAGAAUUGACUAAAGAACUAUUAGAGGAUCUUAAAAAACAACUAACUAAUCCACAAAAUUACGGCGAAGCCAGGCAAAUGAUAGAACAUUUGUAUGACCUUAUUAAUGCCGAGGAAAAGUUGCUUGAAAAUUCGCAACGUCGACCGAAUGUGGAAGAAAAUAUUUACGAGCUUCCAUACCAACAAACUGUACCACGUAUUGGUAGAAAUAAAAAACGGAUGAUUAGUGUUGGAACAAAAAUACCAUCACUUGAAAAAUUACUGCCGCUUUCUCCAUACACUCGACAAACUGCUUUGGCCCACGAGUAUUUUCAGCCGAAAGAUUUUGCCGUUCACCUUUACGCCGAAAUUGCUAAUUGCAACAGGGACAAGAUGUUAUUAGGCGCAAUUCCCGAUGUCCUAGCCGAACAAGCUGUCCCUCGUGGACCAUACCUUCGAGCUGUUCACGAUAAGAUGAAUGCCAGCUCAAGCGCCGGAUCUUCGAGCAGACCUGCUAUCGCAAUCAUAUCGAAUCCACAACACAUGUCAACAAUCAAAUCGAACAAAUCCACGGCCUCCAAUAGCUCUGCAAAAAUGUUGAAUCGCCCAUUGCCACAAAAGCCCGACGAGGCUCAAGACCCGGGCGAAGCGAACGAGGAGGUGGGCGUUUGCUGGACGCCGCGGAAAGCACGCAAUGGUCGGACGGGAUCCGAUGUUCAGGCUGAAUGGGUUCCCUGGGGAGCGGGCCCUGGAACGGGAAUCGCGAGUGGCGAGCGGCGGGUGGCGAAGGUCAGUCUAGCGCACCUCGCGGCGUGCGGCUCGCGUGUUCGCCGCGCCGGGGCCAGUAGCGCGCGCGCCGACCGCACCGCCGCAUGCGUCAGCGCAAAAGGCGCGUGUUCGAACGCCUUCGCCCCGACCCACACGAGCCCCGGGUGCAGCUCG